GCUCAUCGCUACUUCACUUCUGAAGUAGUUCCCAGGCCUGAAGGAGCCGCGACUAUGUCGCUAUACUAUGAUGCCGAAAAUAUCAUCUCCUCGUCAAGUUUUUCUCAAGGCGGCUCCUUCAAGUCGCGCAUCUACAACUCCAAAUCCCUCAAAGCUAAGCCAGCACAGAUCUAUGCGCUUGUGACAGAGGCUGCGAAAUGGGAUAUACUCUUGAAAGAGGUUAUUGAACAUGCGGGAGUACUGUCAUUAGAACCAAAGUUAACGCCGUUGUUAUGCUUACUACUUGCGCACGACUAUCUACUGAGUAAAAACGGCAUUGCAGCUCCUGCUUCCCACCCUAUCCGCCAAGCGAUUGAGAGGCACAAAGCGCGUCUAAAAGCAGAGCUCACAAAGGCACGUGUACGGCGAGGCUGCGCAUCGCUGCAGGAUCUUCAAGCGGUUAUACUUGCUGAAAAGAAAGCGUUUCUUGGACCCGAUGGGCUCACCGAAAAUAUGUAUCCGCGAUGGGUGCGGAUUAAUAAUAUUAAAAGCACGCUCAAUGAACAAUUGAGCGGUACCUUUGCCGGGUAUCAGAAAGUCGAGAGUUUGGGCGAGUUGCGAACAGGGAACCAGGUUUACGUUGAUGCUCAUAUUCCAGACUUGGUUGCGUUGGCUCCAGGGACUGUCGACUUUUCUUCGACAAAGUCGUAUAAGAAUGGAGAGAUCAUAUUACAAGACAAGGCAUCCUGCUUCCCUGCUUACCUCCUAUUAGGAGAUGCAGAUGGACAGUGGAGCGGGAUGGACUUGGUUGAUGGAUGUGCUGCACCCGGAAACAAGACUACUCAUCUCGCGUCACUACUUGCGGCUCGGAAAAAGUCACAAAGCAGCUCUGAAAAGACAAGAAAAUCGAAAAUAAUAUCCAUGGACGCUUCUGCUCCCCGUUCAAAGACUUUGCAGAAAAUGGUCUCUGUCGCAGGUGCCGACAAGAUCGUGACGGUUCUUGCUGGUCAGGAUUUUCUAGCUUUAGACCCGACGGAUGAACAGUUUGAGAGUGUGACUGGGUUACUUCUAGACCCCAGUUGUUCGGGCAGUGGCAUUAUAGGGCGCGACGAUGUUCCCCAGUUGAUUUUACCAGAGAGUAACAACAAAGCUUCGAACUCGACCAACAGAGCAAGGAAACGCAAACGACAGGCAGAGGCGGAUGACGGUGAUAUUGCCAAAGUAGCCGCGUCCAACCAGCCAGAGCCAAUGAGCAGAGAACGCCUUGUCAAGCUGUCCAAUCUCCAAACCCACAUCGUGGAGCAUGCUCUUCAUUUUCCUGCAGCAACACGAGUAACGUAUAGUACAUGCUCAACACAUUUUCUAGAAAACGAGUCAGUUGUUUCAAGAAUUCUAGCAUCGGAGGUAGCAAAACGAAGAGGGUGGAGGAUAAUGCGGAGAGAUGAACAGCCUAGGGGUCUUCGCAAGUGGAAUCAUAGAGGUAUAAGGUCCGUUCCGGGAGUGAAGGAUGAUGAUCAAGUCGAGGUUGAUCUGUCGGAUGAACAGCUGGAUGCUUGUCUCCGAUGUUGGCCUGGUGACGAUGAGUGUACGGGUGGGUUUUUUGUUGCUGGGUUUGUGAGAGAUGAGUUGGUAGAACAUGAAGAACACGCCACUGGUGGUGACCAAAGUGAUUACGAGUCAGAAUGGGAGGGGUUUGCAGAUUAGAUUAGUCUUCUCUUAUAUCAAGCAAUGACUGAGUCGCCACACACAUCUGGAUAAAACGGUAUACAAUCUUCAUAAUGAAUUCAAUACGAACAAUAUAUGAUCC